AUGCAACGCACGCCGCGGACCGCCCAUAUUCUGGCAUGGCUCCGCCCACAGUUGUUUACAGCGUGUGUGCGCGGCCGUGGCCACGCCCCCACGUGGCAAUGGCCCCAAAAGUACCGACUGGCACGUAACGAGAGUGCAAGGUCGCGUCGUGUGGGAAUUAGCAGCGGCGACGACAACGAUCAUGACCAGGACGACGCAAAGUGCACAGUCUUGGGGCGAAACUGGGUCCAACUCGAGACGACAAGCAUGCGUGCUCGAGCGGGCGGCACGCUCGCCGGUGAGCUGCACUCGGAUGUUGGAGUGGACCACAGAACAGCAUGA